GGACUGUUUGGUUUCACCUCCACAGAGAGCUGAGCGGCUGGGCUUCCCGAGUUUAAUUCUCACUGUUAAGACUCGUGGAAUAACAUGCAUCGUUUUAUUAUUUAAGCCUUUUUCUUUUUUCUUUUUUUUUUUUUUAAUUUAUUUAUUUUUUCCCAGCCGCUCGCUGCCUGUCCUGCUCAUGUCCCUGCUGGCGGCUUUAAUUGGAGGCGGCGCACUCAGCAUUACGUUGAUUUCCAGCCAGAAUGUGUUGUGAAGCAUGAACGUGGUCAAAGUAUAGAAAGAUUACAGCAGCCAAACAAACAAACAAAAAAAAAGAUGGAUAACCGACGGAGAAAGAAGUUGACGUACGUCACGACGGGACUGAUUUUCCUUCUGAGCGGAGUGGAAUACGCCGUGAUUUUACCCACGAUAUGGAGGUACUUGCAGACCCUAGAUGCGGAACCGUAUUUCCUGGGUUUGACCCUGUCAGCGUUCAGUCUGAGCGGCCUGCUGUCAGGACCACUGUUUGGCCACUGGUCUGACAGGACGCGAGCUAUAAAGAAGAUUAUCCUGUUUGGCAACGUUUUUGAAAUAGUCGGUAAUUUAAUGUACUUCAUGGGCUACUCCAAGUGGCUGCUACUGUCAAGCAGAUUGGUAGCAGGUAUUGGUGCAGGUAUCGGCUCAUCCAUCUUUGGCGCUCUAACCAGAUGCACCGCCCCAGAGGACCGUGCAACCGUAUUUGCUGCUGUCAUGGCCUGUCGACAAGCCGGCCUUCUGAUUGGUCCGGCAUUUAACAUCUUUUUGAGGCUGUGUGACUUCCACGUGGGUCCUUUCCUCGUCAAUAAAUAUACUUCACCAGGGCUGUUCAUGUGUCUGCUGUGGGCUCUCCUUCAACUGGUGGUGGUCUUCAUGUUCUGGGAUCUGCCACCGAUUGAGAAUGUGAAGGCCAAGAAUAGGUUGAAUAACAACAGAGACAAGGAGAAGACCGAGGAGGGGCUUGAGGAAGACGAGGAAGAGGGCGACGAAGAGGAAAAGCCGCUGAUGGCGUCCCAGGAGAUGAUGGGGUCCUACGGUUCAGUGGUACCAUCCAGCCCACUCAGCAACCACAAAUCCACUGUCUCCAAUGGCGUGCUGAAACAUACCGCCCCACCUCCCUCUCCUGUGACACCAGAAGCCCACCAGCCCCGUGCCUUUGCUUCCAGCAUGACAGCAGAGUUCCUGAGAGAAGAGGUAGUCGUGCUGCUGGCUGCUCAGUUCAUCACCCUCUUCAAUCAGACAGCGCUGGAGACCAUGGUCACCCCGCUCACCCAGAAGUAUUUCAACUUCGGCGAGCUGGAGAACAGUGUGAUGUACUGUCUGGCCGGCGUGGUGGUGAUCUCCGGCUUCAUGUUUGUGCGCUGGCUCAGCCGUCACGUAGCGGAGCGGGUGGUUCUUGUCAUCGGUCUGACCAUUGGCAACAUCUCCUGCAUUUGGUGCCUCAUCUUUGUGGCGAACCCGCUAGGUGGAUAUCCGUGGCAACUGACAGAGUUCAUCAUUGGAAUAUUUCUGCAGGUUGUGGGUUUGCCGUUUGUAGCCGUGGCCCAGGUUUCACUCUUCUCCAAAGUUACUUCUGAGAGAACACAAGGUUUCAGUCAGGGAGUUCGACGCUCAGUGGGAGGCCUGGCCACCAUCCUGGGCCCUCUGUGGGCCGGCGGUCUUACCCAGAACAUGUAUAUCAUGAUGGGGGUGAUGAUGGCGCUGCUCAUAAUACUAACGCUGAUGGUGGCCUUCUCGUACAACCGGCUGCUGGAACCUGCUGUAGAGGAAGAAACGGACAAUUCAGAAAACUGUGAUCAGAGCUGCGGGCUGACGACAGAGGAUGAGUGAUCGCGGAAGCGGGAGCUCCCUCGUCCAGCCCGUCCAGAGUCUGGCUGUCUGCAGUGGGAUCAGCAGCCUACAGGGUGAUAAAGGCACACUAACAGCCUGGACCCGUCAGAGGUUGGUCAAAGGACUGAUAGAGUGUGUACGAUGUAUUUCCUAUGGAAAUAUAGAAUCCUGCUGACAACACAUGUCCAAGCGUCGGAUGAAAAAUGUUCCCUGAAGGUUCAUUGCACCUUCUGCCUGUGUUUCAGCACAUGCAGCAUAAAACUAUUAAAUCCCUGAACAUGCUACGUGGUUGUGGAUUUAACUCACUUCUUUCCUUCUGCUUUGGGAGAAAAACACGAGAUGCUUAGCCUUGACACCGACACGUCAAGUGUUUAGAACUGGGCUGAUACAAAUCUUUUUGUCUGGAAGGGUUGUUUUUCACAGAUUCUUUGUUCUCUAAAGUCAAAUGUUUGACCAAAACUUUGAUUUGUAUCAAAAGGUUUGAAACGACCUUUCGAUCCACCUCUUUAUUCACUUUCAUUUCGUCUACAUCUGAUUUAAUGAAUUUUCUCCCCGAACAAAGAGAAAUAUUUGCAAAGAUCGUAUGUUUCACUUUCUUUGCAAGUCAUAUUUAUCCAUCUAAAUAUUAAAUUAUGAACUUUGUAAAUGAAUGUCGUCUCUGCUGUUGAGUCAGUGUGUGGCGUCAAAAACAACAUUGAAAUGUGAGUUUGUUGUACUGAAGCACUGAAAAUGCAGUUACAACAGCAUAUUCAUGUCAGCAAUAAAGUUCUCAAGGAAUCACAUAUACUGGGUUGUUUUUAGUGCGACGGUUAUGCAAAUGAACUCUACAGAUCUUAAAAUUCAGUGAAACUAUGCAGACAUGUGACAAACCUGAAGUCGAGGUGAACGUUCUGAUUCAUCUCGUGUUCAGGCCGGUGAAUGAUGAAUGUUUUUCUGCUUUGGAAAGGGCAGUGACCUUUUUAAUUUAAAAUGUAAUGCAUGUUUCCAACACCGGUGGGCGCUCUUAGUCUUUGUUCUGAAGUCCGUGGGCCUCGGUGCUACUGAGUCCAGUCAAAUACAUCUGGGGAAAAUCAGCUGUGGUGCACAAAAAGUCGUAGUUGUUUCAGAAGGCAGUGCUGAAAUUAAUCUCAGAAUUUAAAACAAACAAACAAAAAAAA